CCCCAGCAUAGGUCCUGGCCAUGACACACCCACAUCUCCACCUCUCCGCCGCCUCCGGCGCUCAAGGCGGCCUGGGGAAGCUGCUGCUGCUGCCGCUACUGAUGGCGCAAUUCUGGGUCUCGGAGGCUCUGCUGCUCCCCGCAAACGACACAAGCUCCAACUUCGUGGCCUCCGGCGCCCCGUGCGCUCACGGCUCCCAGCCCUGGCAGGUGUCCCUCUUCAAUGGCCUUUCGUUCCACUGCGCCGGCGUCCUGGUGGACAGGAGUUGGGUGCUCACCGCUGCACACUGCGGGAACAAUAAGCCCCUGUGGGCUCGAGUCGGGGAUGACCACCUGCUGCUGCUGCAGGGCGAACAGCUGCGCCGGACCUCUCGUCCUAUCGUCCACCCCAAGUACCAGCAGGGCUCGGGCCCCAUCCUGCCAAGGCGCACGGACGAGCACGACCUCAUGCUGCUGAAGCUCGGCAGGCCCGUGGUGCCGGGACCUCGAGUGCGGCCCCUGCGCCUGCCCUUCCGCUGCACACAGCCCGGGGACCAGUGCCAGAUCGCCGGCUGGGCCACCACAUCCUCUCGGAGAGUGAAGUACAACAAGGGCCUGAGUUGCUCCAGGGUCACUAUCCUGAGCCCUAAGGAGUGUGAAGUCUUCUAUCCUGGCGUGAUCACCAGCAACAUGAUGUGUGCAGGACUGGAUCAGGGCCAGGACCCCUGCCAGAGUGACUCUGGUGGCCCUCUGGUCUGUGACGAGACCCUGCAGGGCAUCCUUUCGUGGGGCGUUUACCCCUGCGGCUCUGCCCAGCAUCCAGCCGUCUACACUCAGAUCUGCAAGUACCGCUCUUGGAUAGAGAAGACCAUCCGCUCCAAUUGACGCAGGAGAUACCCUGCAACUCCUUCUCCACCUGCCCUCUUCCUCCGACUUCCCCUCCUUCCUCCAGCUGGGCUGGGCUCUCCCCCUGCCCCACUCAAAUUUCUGCCGCCCAUGCACACCUGCUAACAUCUCUCCUCUUUCCUCAUACCCCUUGCCCACUGCUGCUCUUUGCCCGUGCUGAAGCUGAAAUGCAAAAAGCGGUGGCCAAGUUUUGUUCAUGAGAAAUGAAGAUGGUAGUCACUAGUCUCUGAGAGAAGUUAUCCAUCACCCACCGCUGCCUGCUGUGUGACCUUGGGCAAGCCAAGUACCUUCUCUGAGCCUCAGUUUAGCCUCACUUGGAAAGCCGGAACAAUGAAGUGCUUACCUCAUAAAACAUGUCAUGAGGAGACUAUAACAUGUGCAUGUAGAUUGUCAUGGAAAUUGCCACGUCAAGUAUUAAAAUGAUGGGUGGUGAACUCUGA